ACGUCAAACUUCAAUGUCAUUAAACUCGGAAACGUAAAUAUGGCGAGUGAUCCUGACGAUUUCGAUAAAAAUAUAGAAUUCUUAAAAACGACCGUCAGAGAAUCGUUUGCGCGCGUUUAUGCGAGUCUGAAAGCGAGGGAAUUGAAAACUUUAAGGCAAUUGGAUGCUAUCCGUAAACAAUGCGAAAAUAAUAGUGUAUCAAAGAAGACUUGCGUGCAGAAUUUGGAAAUAUUUUUUGAGAAUGAGCCAACUUUGUUAAAUCUAGUGAGUAAUUACGGUGCGAUCGACUUAGAAAGACUAAAUUUUGAUAGUAACACAUUCAUUUUGGAAGAUUACAUUACCCCGGAAGAUGACCACAUGUACAUGUAUAAAGACUUGACAGAUAACGGAGAUUUAGCUAUAGAAGAGGCUGCCUUAAAACAAGUAACUGCCACAGACGACUGUGUGUGUUAUGUAAAUAUACAAAGUGAAGAUGUUUCUAAAAAAUUUAGAGAAGUAGAUCCAAGUGUAAGCCCUAACAAAACGUCCGAAAAUAUUAGUGAGAAUAAUGAUGUGAAACCAGGUAGCGAGAAUGAUGAACCACAAACAUCUAUAGAAGAAAGUAGUGAUAGUUCAGAAGUGGAGGUGAAAAAAAUUGACCCGACCGAUGACUGGUUGAAUUCCAUAAAGAACCAAACAGAAACAGAGCCCUCUCAAGUUACUGAUGUCAUGGAACAUAGUACAAUAGCAUGUUUAUAACAAUAUCAGAAUAUACUUAAUUAUAUUUAAUUUUAAGUAGUGUUAAUAAAUUUUUAUAUUUUUAA